AGCAAACCAAGGAAAAGAUGAGAAGGACAGGGUUCUUCCCUUUCAACUUUGGGUGGACUUACCAAUCACGUUGACCCCAUGAUGUUCUCAGGUUGGCACUGCUGCAUAUGCUACUUCUGCUUUGACAAUUUCAUCUGCCAAAUCAACAUCACCCUCGUCGGCCAGUUCAUAAUUCUCCAGAAGGAAUUGCGGGAGCUUUAUGAUCAUCGCGUUGCCCUACUCUCCGAAGACGAGAGUUACAUUCGUCGCAAAUUAGCCCAGUGCGUCGAGAAACACCAACAGUUGAUAGAUUUUACAAAGAGGGUAAAUGAACUUUAUCGGAACGUCAUCCUCGGCGUCGUCGUACUCCUCAGUUUGCUGAUAUGUCUCGAACUGUUUCAGUUGAUGACGGUAAGUCAUUCACCCAUAAAAAUUCAAAUUCUACCGAUCUUUUCUGCUGUUUUACUCCAGACAGUUGGCGAGACUCUCACUAAAAUUCAUUACUGCGUUUACGCCUGCGGAAGUAUAACUCAGCUCUACUUUUUCACACUCACCUGCAAUGAUCUGACAGAAGCUAGCCUAGCGAUAUCCGACGCAGCCUACGACGUCCAGUGGUUCCUCAUGAAAUCCAAGACCAGGCGGAAUGCUCUGAUGAAGGACCUGCAGCUCGUCAUCAUGAGAUCACAGAAAAUUAACAGCUUGUAUGUCGGUGGAUUUUCACCUGUCACUCUCAUGACAUUCACAUCUGAUGUGAUGUACUGUCUAGUCGCUAUUAUUUGUGACACAAUCAACAACGCCAAGUUCUUCACCUUCAUGCUCAAGCGGAAGGAGUACCAUAAUCUUCUGAGAAUGGCGAGGGACACGCUGUGGGCAGGAUUUGAGACUGAAUAUGGGAGGAAGGUUUUGAAAGAUUGUGAAAACCAGGCGAUGAUUUUCGUUAUUGUAUUCGCUACCUUCGCACAAUGCUCCGGUAUCCUCUAUCUAUUGGAACCGAUUUUACUGAAUAUACAGAAUAAUAGUACAGACGUGAAGGAACGGCUGUUUCCAUUUAAAAUUUGGUUUGACCUGCCAAUCUACGAGAGUCCAAAUUUUGAGAUUUGGUUUCUCAUGGAGAUGUUUGUGGUUUAUCACGCCUGCAUAUUGUACUUCUGCUUCGACAAUUAUCUCAUUCUCGUCAACAUCUUCAUAACUGGACAAUUUUCAAUCCUCAAGAACCGCCUAGAGGUUCUCUACAACAAAAAAAACAUCCAGUCAAUCACUAGUUGCUGCAGAGACGUGAAGAUUCAUGAAGACGACUCCCUGAUCUCCAUUUCUCAAGAGUUCAAGAGCUGCAUCAGACAGCAUCAAUUGCUGAUUGGUUUUGUAGAUCAGGUGGAAAGCGUUUACACACUCAUGAAUUUGAUUUCAGUCCUGCUGUACAGUGGAAUGAUCUGUCUGUCUGGCUAUCAGCUUAUAGUGCCAGGAAAUACGCUGAUGCGACGAAUCAAGUUUGUAGCCUUCACCUUAGGAUGUCUGACGCAACUCCUCUCAUUCUCAUUCACCUGCAACAAUGUUUCCGUCAGCAGUGUUGAUCUGAGUGAUGGGCCCUACAACUCAGUUUGGUACACCAAAAAUUAUUUGUCCAAAGGUCGAUCGCAGACGAAAGACUUCAUAAUAGUAAUCAUGAGAUCCCAGCGUCCCUGUUAUUUCACAGGAGCUGGCUUCUUCCCAGUCACCCUGGACACCCUGAAAUCAGUUCUCACGACUGCUUUCUCAUAUUUAACACUGAUAAGACAGUCUGCCCAAUAA